AUGGAACCUUUGUUGUAUGCUGCAUGCAGUCUGCCUAACCCUAACUUAAUGCCUGCCUCGUGCAUGUGGAACCCUAAGGCUCAACCUCAAGCUGCAGACGAUGAUUCCUGGGAGGUUAGGGCCUUUGCAGAGGACAUAGGUAAUGUUUUGGGCACAACUUGGCCGCCAAGGUCGUAUACUUGCUCUUUCUGCGCAAGGGAAUUCCGUUCGGCUCAAGCCCUUGGAGGUCACAUGAACGUGCACCGCCGUGACAGGGCUGGCCUUCACCAAACGUACCCUGCAACUGAUGCAUUUAGGGAUCCUGCAACUUCCUCAAUAUUAUCUGCUACUGCUAUUUCCUCGUCUACCCUCUUAAUCCCGACCCAACAUUUCCCCCAGAAUGCCGGCUUCUGUCUCCUUCACCACCAUGAUGGGGUUCCCGCUUCUCAACCUAUGAAUGCAUGCUCCAUCGAUUCACCUUCCACCCUUGUCUCUAUUUCACCAUAUCCCCCUCCGGUAAUGCCUCCCAGGUUCAGCAAUUCUUCUUCUCUCUAUUACAGUAAUCUUAAUGGUGGGAGCAAUGCUGGCGGCAUCAACUUCAGGGAAACAUCCAUUGGAGAGCUUGAUCUAGAGCUUCGACUAGGGCAUCCGCCACCAACAUCUUGAUCCAAAAAUUCAAAGAGAGUGAGUGUCCAAUUUAUAUAUAUAUAUAUAUAUAUAUCAAUUUGAGGAAGAAAGAGUGCGUAUAAAAUAACAGUCUAGUUCCGAUCUCUUGGUGUGUGAGAUUUUUAUUUCUAUUUUUUCAAUGCUUAUAUAAGAUCUUCUUUACCUAAAUAUGUAUGAAGGUGGAAUAUCAAGGAGAAAAUAAAUUCUAAGUAAAACGAAAAUGUAAAUGUAAAGUGAA